CUAUGAAUAUCGGCCAUGCUAUGCCGUGCACGAGAAAGUAUACUGGCGACAGCCAGGUGUAUUUUCGAACGCGCUAUUAAAGCACAGGCGCGUCUCUGAGUUUCGUUUCUGUCGUGUCGGCUGCUCCAUGCUAGACGACGCCGGGUCGUCUUCCAAAGAGUAUUGCAUUAUUCCUGCCGUCUAACCUACGAAGAGGCGUACUCUGUCAGUCUACAUCCGUAUUCCUCGUACAUUCUCGUAGCCAGUGUGAUAAAAAGAUGUACAAACGCGCGGUAACCGGCACUGCCGUGAUACUGGCCAGGAACUUGGGACUCGUCAAGGAUCACACGUUUGCGGGCGUAGCGAGUAAAGCGUUCAGCACGGCGGUCCAGAAUUCGCGGUACAAACCGCUAACCCCGAUAAACACUAUCAUAAUGUUCGUUCCGCAACAACAGGCAUGGAUCGUAGAACGAAUGGGAAAGUUCCAUAAAAUUUUAGACCCAGGUCUGAACAUUUUGCUUCCCAUCAUCGACAAAGUCAAGUACGUGCAAGUUUUGAAGGAGAUGGCGAUAGAUGUGCCGCAACAGAGCGCAGUUACGUCAGACAACGUGACUCUGAGCAUCGAUGGGGUACUGUAUUUGAGAGUAACCGAUCCUUAUCUAGCGUCCUACGGCGUUGAGGACGCCGAGUUUGCCGUAAUCCAAGUAGCCCAAACCACCAUGAGAUCCGAGUUAGGAAAGAUAUCUUUAGACAAAGUAUUUAGGGAAAGGGAAGAAUUGAAUGUCUCCAUUGUCGAGAGUAUCAAUAAGGCCAGUAGCGCGUGGGGCAUAACGUGCCUGCGGUACGAGAUAAGGGAUAUAAAGUUGCCGUCGAGGGUGCAGGAAGCGAUGCAGAUGCAGGUCGAGGCCGAACGAAAGAAACGUGCCGCUAUAUUGGAGUCUGAGGGUGUUAAAGAGGCCGAGAUAAAUGUGGCUGAGGGCAAGCGACUCGCGCGAAUUUUAGCCUCAGAAGCAGUAAGGCAGGAACUGAUAAAUAAAGCUACUGGAGAAGCCGCGGCGGUAGUGGCAGUGGCGGAGGCACGAGCCAAGGGAUUACAGGUGGUUGCAAAUGUCCUUGGCGCGACGGAUGCGAAGAACGCGGCGGCGCUCAGCGUAGCGGAACAAUACGUCAAUGCGUUCGACAAGUUAGCAAAAGUUAACAAUACAUUGAUAUUGCCAAGUAACGUAGGAGACGUUUCGACGUUCGUAGCGCAGGCGAUGGCAAUUUACAAACAAGUAAUGCCGGAACGCAGCAACAAUAGUGAGCCGAAACAAGUAACGAGCAAUCAGUCGAACGCUUCAGUUCAGAUGGAGGAUUCUGACGAGGCGUACGAGUAUUUCAGCGACAAGGAGGAGGCAGAGAAGCACAGGAAACCGGAAAAACAAAAACCCCGAAUAUAAACGUUUAUAACCGCAAUAAAAAAAUAUUUUCCUAUUUUUCACAUGUUAUUUAAUUAAAUUUCGCGAUGUAAAUAUCAUGAUAUACGAUCAUAAAACAUUUAUAGUUA